AUGCAGAUCUUCGUCAAGACCCUGACCGGCAAGACCAUCACUCUCGAGGUUGAGUCUUCCGACACCAUCGACAAUGUCAAGUCCAAGAUUCAGGAUAAGGAAGGCAUUCCUCCUGACCAGCAGCGCCUGAUUUUCGCAGGCAAGCAGCUUGAGGAUGGCCGUACCCUGAGCGACUACAACAUUCAGAAGGAGUCCACCCUUCACCUUGUCCUCCGCCUCCGUGGUGGUAUGCAAAUCUUCGUGAAGACCCUCACCGGAAAGACCAUCACUCUUGAGGUUGAGUCUUCCGACACCAUCGACAACGUCAAGUCCAAGAUUCAGGAUAAGGAGGGUAUCCCUCCUGACCAGCAGCGUCUGAUCUUCGCCGGAAAGCAGCUUGAGGAUGGUCGCACUCUCUCCGACUACAACAUCCAGAAGGAGUCCACCCUCCAUCUCGUCCUCCGCCUCCGUGGUGGUAUGCAAAUCUUCGUGAAGACCCUCACCGGAAAGACCAUCACUCUGGAAGUAGAGUCAUCGGACACCAUCGAUAACGUCAAGUCAAAGAUCCAGGAUAAGGAGGGCAUCCCCCCUGACCAGCAACGUCUCAUCUUUGCUGGUAAGCAGCUGGAGGAUGGCCGCACCCUGUCCGACUACAACAUCCAAAAGGAAUCCACUCUACACCUUGUCCUCCGUCUCCGAGGUGGUAUGCAAAUUUUCGUCAAGACACUCACUGGCAAGACCAUCACGCUGGAAGUGGAAUCAUCUGACACCAUCGACAACGUUAAGAGCAAGAUCCAGGACAAGGAGGGUAUUCCCCCAGAUCAGCAGCGUCUUAUCUUCGCCGGUAAGCAGCUGGAGGACGGGCGCACCCUCUCUGACUACAACAUUCAGAAGGAGAGCACCCUGCACUUGGUGCUCCGUCUGCGUGGUGGUCAGUAG